CUCCCAUACCAGCCAUACGUCACAUGCGCAAUCAUCGAUGACGCUAAACUCCUGUUAAAGCUGUGGUGCUUGUGUCACCGUCAUGAGAUGGAUUGGCCGGGAUGACGCAUGCAUUUCUACAGUCAGAGUUGACAAGCCUGAUAUCGGAUUCAAAGAGAAAGUACAACGAUGUGCGUACUGCCGCUGAGCAGUCGCUCGCCGACCUCAAAGCCAUCUCCGUAACAUCGGAGACACAAUUGGCCGGUGACCUCUUACGUCGGCCUCAGUUUAUCGAUCCUUUUGUUCUGGCUUGCAAGUCCAAGAAUGCCAAAUUGGCAACCAGUGCAACCGUUUGCCUGCAGCGUCUGACAGCAAGUAGCGCAGUCUCACGCGCAAGGCUCCCUGAUAUUUUGGACGCCUUUCACGAUGGAGUCAACUCCGGUUACGAGCCGCAACUCAAGAUAUUACAAACGCUACCCUCUUUGCUCCAACUCUACGGAGAUGACCUGCGUGGUGAUCCCCUGGCGAGGACGCUAGAGAUCUGUGCAGCUCUUCAAUCCAGUAGGACUGCGAUUGUAAGCCACACAGCUACUGCAACAUUCCAACAACUCGUCUCAACUGUGUUCGAGCGCGCUGGACAGACUGGGGGAGCUCAAACCGCAGAUGACGAGAAGGGAAAUGUAUCUGAGACUGGCAACGAGCCCUCAGAAGUGACGGAGGAUGAUGCAGUCCGCUUGUUCCGGGAUUUUUCCUUGCUAUUGGACCAGGAGCAGUCACAGUUUCUGAAGGUAGAGGCCCUGUCAUCUGGUUUUCUUCUGGAAACGCUGCAGACAGUGUUUCUAAGUCAUCCCACGUUCCUGAUGUCGAACGUGGAUCAGCUGCAUGAUUGUUGGGAACACCUCACGCAUGGCCUGUCCAGGAUUCUGGCUAAGAAGGACGACUUUGGCCAAGUUGUUCGAGCCUUCUCCAUCAUUUUCUUGAUCCUUCAAGACUAUGAAGACAGUCUACAAAGUCACUUGACGCGUCUGUUUCCCUCACUUCUAAGUACUCUCGAAAAGGAGGGUAAUCCGCCCUGGAAGCGUGCGUUAUGCCUGGAAUUCUUUCGAGGCAUCUGCUCGGAUUUCACGGUUCUGAGAACCACUUUCGACUUGUUCGAUCAAGCGAACAGCUCGGAUAAGGUCAUAGGUCCGUUCAUGUCUGCAAUGGUUCGCAUUGCUGCGGAAGACCCAUCAUUAAUCGGUCUCGGUCGCCAAUCAACUAUACCUGUGCAAAGGAGCAACGAUGCCGAGAGCGAAGAGGCAGCAUCUAUAGAAGCCCAGGGUCUCGGCGGCGCUAUCACCUCAGUAUCUACGGGAGAUUCCAGUACUACCGGUAUCAGUAUGAACUGGAGCGUACUACAUGUACCGCUUAUGGAUCAACCUGAAAAACAGAACCCUCCUGCGGUACCCAGCACUUACCUAUAUUCGCUCGUGCUGGGCUGCAUCGCAUCCUUAUGUGAUGGCUUGUCUAAAUUUGUCAUGCCACUCAGUGUCCCGGGCCGGCCGACGCAACGGGAGAGUCUGGAUGAGGCGCAAAGAAAUGGUUCCAGUACGGAUCUAGUCGAAGACGGAGGCCAACGCAAGCCGAGUCGAAGUGCAGCGUCAGCCAGCAAGUACCAGCGACUUGUCAACCCUUUGAGUCUGACCCAACAUCCACUGCACCAUGAAAUUCAAGCUUGCUCUGCACUGAUUGAAUCGUGCUGGCCCGCAGCCCUUGCCACCUGCUCAACUUUUCUGAAUUCGGCUUUGGACUCUGAGUUCUAUCAUAUCUUGAUUCGGUCGGUCCAGAAACUUGCUCAGGUGUCUGGAGUAUUGGAGCUUUCGACGCCAAGGGAUGCUCUUCUGACGACUCUGGCUAAAGCUUCCAUUCCUACAAAUGCUAACAAUAUCAUAACGACUUCACAGAACGCGAGACCCCCAACUCGGUCUGGAGCCCCUGACCAUGACAACGCGAAUGGCGAUAUCAGGUCCCCUACUGAACCGCCUUCAAACCCGAGCAGGCAAAAUGUUCCACAGCCCCUUAACGUUCGGCAUCUACUCUGCCUUCGGGCUCUGCUGAAUCUGGGGAUUGCGCUUGGGCCCACGCUUGAACAGGAUGCUUGGUUCAUCCUUAUUGAGACUCUGCAAACAGUUGAAGCCUUGAUUGCGAUACCCUCUGCAGUGUCAAUGAGCUCAUUGCUGAGCAGUCCCCGGAUUGGCGUUUCGAGCAGUGAGGGACAAGCUACUCUCGCGGGUGAAAUAGCUGCUGUGCAAGCCGCGACCAAAAGGAUGUUGGAGAGUACCAAAAGUUACAGUCAAGAAUCCUUUUCAAUAGUAGUACGGUCAAUGUUCCGCCUCUUAGGUCAAAGUGGCCUAGAUGAGGACUCGCAGCAACCCGAAGAGAACAUCACGUCUCCGCUUUCACCGACAAGACUUACACCUGGAAGACCGCCAUAUCGGACGUCUCGCAGCGUAUCCGGAUUGUGGACGAAGUCGAAAACACUGGAUCUGGAGAUAGGCUUUGUUCUUAACAAGAUAAGUGAGAUAUCGCGCAUCAAUAUUCACCGCUUCACCUCCACAUCUGAGGGAUCUUGCUCGUGGGGUUUGAUAGCCAGGAGGCUCCUGAAUAUUUCGCAAGACACUGGGUUUUCAGGCAAUUACCGCUUGCAGUCAGCCAGCGUACUCGACUUGAUCUCCAUGGAGACUAUGAAACUGCUCGACGAUCCUCGGCUUGACGCUGCGGAAGCGGAAGAGAUCAGACUGCGAUGCUUACAAGCCUUACUUGAGCAGCUAGAAUCUCUCGACCAGAACGGGACCAACAGUUAUGACAACAUUCAAUUCGAGGUGCACAAGAGACUGCUAGAAGCUCUGGAAAGCAUAUUAAGCCAUAGCGGAGAUUCUCUGGGCAGCGGUUGGCCGGUCGCCUUCAAAAUUCUAUUCAGGACAGUCUCAGAGUGUGUGGAUGGACCUAAGCCCGAUACCGUGUCGAUUGAGGAAGAGCAAAAUGAUGAGCAGAACGCACAACUGCUGCGACUCUCGUUCAGGUCCAUUCAGCUGAUUACAUCCGAUUUCUUGGCCGCCCUCUCGGCAAAGUCACUGUCAUCUUUGUCCCAAUUGCUCCGUCAGUUUGGCUCGCAGUCUUACGAUCUGAAUGUUGCAUUGACGAGUACAACUCUACUGUGGAGCCUGGCUUCGCAGAUAUUGACCAACAUCGAGACCAUCGAGCUCGAGACAAUGCCAGCUGCGGAUGUCCUUCCAAAUGACGGUGACGUAAAAUACACAGCGACGUCUGCUGCUCUUUGGAGCAUUACCUUGCUGCAGUUGGUGGCAUUGUCAAAGGACCCGCGACUGGAUGUACGCAACGCGGCCAUCAGAGUGCUUUUGAGGAUGCUAGACGCUUCAUGCGAGAGUCUCAGCCCCAGUGCCUGGGCCGUUGCUCUCACCACUGGCCCAUUAAGUGCUAUCGAAUAUGGUAUCAGGCAAUGCACCUCAGAUACCGCAACUCAAUCAGACUGGCUGGCAUCAGCAUCACAACUGGUUGAUGGGAGCAUUCAGCUUGUUUGUCACAACAUAGCAACCAUUGUCAAGCACUCGGGGUUCAAGCAUACUUGGUCUGGGAUAAUGCAGGUGUUCGAAGCCUUCUUGAGCAUGGGAUCCCUGCCAGCUUCCUCGUUGGUUUUUUCGAAUGUGUCAAGGUUGCUAUCCACUCUUCGAACAUCAGGAACGGUCGAAAAAGAGUUGCUAAUGCCCAUUCUGAAGCUGUGGGCUUUACAUCAUCCCAGUGACAUUGAUGGUGAGAGCAUGCCAAAUCAGCCGGCAUUCACUGCGCACAUGCAUGCCGUUAUUGAGGCACAUGAGACAAGCAGCCAGGCCGUGACGGAUUUCCAGCUUGACGACCGCGAUAUAUCAGCUCUGUUGAUGGAUACCAUCGAGCAGACUGUCUUGUUGUGCACACACCCUCCAUACACCAGGGACGUGAAAAGCCUAGAAGCAGAGCAGAAGGAGGCUUGUCAAGGGUUGGUCAUCCUGAAGCGUGUUCUCUGUGACGAGGCAGCAGAGUAUUCCCAGUAUCUACUCCGUCUUGUGAAACUCUGUCUGAACAUUCAAGGCGGCAAAGUUGCUUUUCAGAAUAAUAAGUCUGCCAUCCACAAGUCAGCGCAGAAACCAACCUUCAUUGCUUUUGCCAGUGCAUGUGUGGAGAAUCUAAAGGUACUCGUGCUUGAGCAGGCAAACGAUGACAACCUCAUUCCGACUUUGGCUGUGCGGGAGUCUUUCGAAACCCUAUCCGCCCUGAUUGAUACGAAAUACACGGAGCUUCCCACAAACACUCAAACGCCCCUCUGGCGGACAGCGACCAUCACGGCUGUUGUGCUGUUGGAAGCCUUGCAAAAGCACGUAAAGCUAAACAGAGAUGCCAAAGACAUUGCACGGCUCGGUCGGCUUCCGGACGCAAUCAUUGCCACGGCGUCGAGCAUACUAGAGCCCGGCGGGCUUCGCAACCGGCCACUGAAGCAGAAGGAAGAAACCCUCCUGGAUGAUGAGACCUUUGACAUCGAAACCUUUCGACACUUCCAUGCUGCUUUGAUCUCGAUCUUUCAGCACGACGAGAUCCGACAAGACGCCUGCCAGCAAUACGCGAUCACGCUUUUCAAAGCAUCUCUCCUCGCUAAGCCAUGGUUCUAUGACCUGCCUGAAGACAUUGCCAACGAGCCCCUGCAGGACCUAUUGUCAGUAAGGCCGGGAAGUCUCCACCAAUCGGUCUUUGUGGUCCGGAGGAGGACAUGUUACACCGCUAUGGACGCCUUAUUCGAGCUCGUCCAGCGACCGGAACAAGACGGGUCAGACUCUGGGCUGUACAAACUCGCUCGCGCAGCGUCUCCUUACAUGUUGCUGCGCGUAGUGCACCCACUCAAGACGUUCCUGGCGGACCAGCGCCUCCGCGGCAUGACGCCACCACCCAUGCCGCAGCAAGUGGAGUUGCAGACUAUUCUUGCAAAGUUUGUCGAAUUGCGCAGUCAUGAUCGUGCGCUACAGGACGUAUCAGGAAAGGAGAAGCAGCACGCCGGUAUGUGUGGUGGAGACGGCAAAGAGCAUCUGCGGAUAUUAUAUGCAUUCAUGGUGCGCGUGCAGAGGUUCUGGCGAGAUUUGCCUAGAUUGAAAGGCCAGGGGGCGUGGCAGGCCGACGGGCCAGGAAGGGGCAUUGACGAGGCCUUGGAACAGUGGAGUCGCAUUGUAGGGGAAGACUGGGGUCUCAGAUGAAGCUGGAUGAGUUUGCGGGCGGUCAUUUAAGGACGACCAACUCUGAAAGAUCUACGAAUGGAUGAUCUUCUGCACGAGGGAGGAGAUGCUGAUGACAAUACGGAUCGAGUGACUAUGUGCGGAGAGUAAGGGAGAAUCAUAAUGUUGUUUGCGUGACUGUCAUAAUUAACUAUAUGGGCUUGCCAUCAAUUUUGUGUUAGGCCGAAGGACAUGCCUCUGCAAGGCAGGCUCCUGUAUUCCUGUAUGGACAUAUGCACUGUAGCAGAAGUCUUUGUCGCUUAAGGAUGGCCUUUGGGAUAGAGAUUUAAUGUCAG